ACAUGAUAUCUUUCCCCAAAAUCCCGCUAACAUCCCCCAUCAAUCUCUCCCCACAACACACGCAUUCUCUGCAACACUCUCGAGUCCAGUGCAUCAAUGGCUGCAGUGAAAGGAUCAGUAGACGAGUUCCUGAACAUCUGUUCACACUCCGGCGACUCUGCAUACAGCGCCUUAAGAUCGCUACUAGAGCGCCUCGAGAAUCCGAAGACUCGAACCGAAGCUAGGGUAUUCUUAUCGCAUCUGCAGAAAAAGCUCGAUAGCGAUCGAGAUGUAUCGCAACAUUGUCUCGAUACUUAUCAUUUCCAGAUUCAGGAUAUAUACCUUGAUCGGAAUGAAGGUACAGGUUACCAGAACAGAAAAAAAUUAACAAUGAUGGUGAUACCUAGUAUCUUUAUGCCAGAGGACUGGUCCUUCACAUUCUAUGAGGGGUUAAAUAGACACCCCGACUCUAUCUUCAAGGAUAAGACAGUUGCCGAGCUUGGUUGUGGAAACGGAUGGAUAUCCAUAGCCAUUGCCGACAAGUGGUUGCCAUCAAAGGUUUAUGGCCUUGAUAUAAAUCCAAGAGCAGUGAAGAUUUCUUGGAUAAAUUUGUAUUUAAAUGCUUUUGAUGAGAAUGGGCAGCCCGUUUAUGACGCCGAGAACAAAACUUUGCUUGACAGGGUAGAAUUUUAUGAAUCUGAUCUGCUAUCUUACUGCAGAGAUAACCACAUAGAGCUUGAACGGAUUGUCGGAUGUAUACCACAGAUUCUUAAUCCAAAUCCAGAUGCAAUGUCCAAGCUUAUCACAGAAAAUGCAAGCGAAGAGUUCCUGCAUGAUCUAAGCAACUAUUGUGCCCUUCAGGGUUUUGUUGAGGAUCAGUUUGGGUUAGGCCUAAUUGCCAGGGCAGUUGAAGAAGGAAUUGAUGUGAUCAAGCCUAUGGGAAUCAUGAUCUUCAACAUGGGAGGGCGUCCAGGGCAAGGUGUUUGUAAACGUUUAUUUGAGCGUCGUGGGCUCCGGGUUAACAAGCUGUGGCAGACCAAAAUUCUUCAGGCUUCUGACACCGAUAUUUCUGCGUUAGUUGAAAUUGAAAAGAAUAAUCCACAUCGUUUCGAGUUCUUCAUGGGGCUUGUUGGAGACCGUCCAAUUUGUGCUAGGACUGCAUGGGCCUUCGGAAAGGCCGGUGGCCGUAUUUCUCAUGCUCUGUCUGUUUACAGCUGUCAGCUUCGCCAUCCUAAUGAGGUUAAGAAAAUCUUCGAGUUUCUCAAAAACGGGUUUCAUGAGAUCAGCAAUUCUCUAGAUCUAUCUUUUGAGGACGAUUCUGUUGCUGAUGAGAAGAUUCCUUUUCUAGCAUAUCUUGCUGGUGUGUUGAAAGACAGUUCGCGCUUUCCAUAUGAGCCUCCAACCGGAAACAAAAGAUUCCGUGAUCUUAUUGCAUCUUUCAUGAAAACAUACCACCAUGUCCCCCUUAGCGCCGAUAAUGUUGCUAUUUUUCCUUCAAGGGCUACGGCUAUUGAGAACUCCCUCCGGUUGUUCACUCCACGUCUUGCCAUCGUUGAUGAACAUUUGACCCGCAAUCUACCCAGGCAAUGGUUAACAUCACUAGAAAUUGAGCAAAAAAAGGACGACAAAACCUCAAUAGAUGGAAUCACUGUUAUAGAAGCACCACGUCAGUCAGAUUUGAUGAUAGAGCUGAUAAAAAAGUUAAGGCCACAAGUGGUGGUCACAGGGAUUGCACAAUUUGAGGCCGUUACUAGUUCAGCAUUCGAGCACCUUUUACGUGUCACAAAAGAAAUCGGGUCUCGUCUUUUCAUAGACAUAUCUGAACAAUUCGAGCUUUCAAGCCUCCCCAGUUCAAUCGGGGUCUUGAAAUAUCUCGCUAGAACUCCACUGCCUUCUCAUGCAGCUAUAAUAUGUGGCUUGUUAAGAAAUCAGGUGUAUACAGAUCUUGAAGUAGCUUUUGUGAUAUCGGAAGAACAAACUAUCUUUGACGCAUUGACAAGGAGUGUGGAACUCUUACAAGGCAAUACUGCCCUGAUUAGCCAGUAUUACUACGGCUGUCUUUUUCACGAGCUUCUGUCCUUUCAGCUUCCCGAUAGACGUCAACCUGCAGAGAGAGAAUCUGAGGAUGCGGAAGCUAGUGACAAUGACAUGAUAGGAUUUUCUAGCUCAGCAAUCUCGGUUCUGAGUCAAGCAGAAUUAUCGGUCAGGGUAACCGAAACACCCUCGUUACUUCACAUGGAUGUGGAUCAAAUAUUUCUGCCUACACCGACCCCGGUUAAGGCUGCCAUCUUCGAAAGUUUCGCAAGGCAGAACGUGACGGAAUCAGAGUGUGAUGUCACACCCAGCCUUCGACAAUUCAUCAAGAACGCUUACAACUUAUCGGUUGAGCACAAUGCCGAGUUUAUAUACGCAGACUUCCCUCUUUCCCUUUUCAAUAAACUCGUCCUCUGCUGCAUCGAAGAAGGUGGAAGCCUAUGCAUGCCAGCUGGAUCAAACGGUAAUUACGUAUCAGCUGCCAAGUUCUUAAACGCAAACAUCGUGUCUAUCCCGACACAGGCUGAAGACGGUUUUAAACUGACCGAGAAGCAACUUACUAGUGUAUUGGAACAGUUGGAGACUAUUCAUAAACCAUGGGUGUAUAUUUCUGGUCCUACAAUAAACCCGACGGGUUUGCUUUACAGCAAUGAAGAGAUGAAAAGCUUGCUGUCGGUCUGUGCUAGAUAUGGUGCACGGGUUAUAAUCGAUACGUCGUUUUCGGGGAUCGAGUUUAACUCCCGGGGUUGGGAUGGGUGGAAUUUGGAUGCGAGUUUAGCGGGAUUAACUGGAAACUCGGCGUUCAGCAUGUGUUUGCUUGGAGGGUUGUUUAAUAAGCUACCUACUGGAGGGCUUGCGUACGGGUUUCUAGUUCUGAAACCGGGAUUUUUGGCUGAUUCGUUUCGUGGUAGUUUCUCGGUGUUGAAUAAACCUCACAGUACUAUUAGGUAUACUGCAAAGAAAUUGCUUGAACUUGAAGAGCAGAAAGGGGAUUUAACAGGUGCUGCUCAAGGACAGGAGAAAUUGCUGGAUGCUAGACUGAAGCGUUUGAAAGAGACGCUUGAGAAUUGUGGGUGGGAAGUAAUUGAAGCUCGUGGAGGCGUUUCUGUGAUUGCAAAGCCAUGUGCUUAUCUUGGCAAAAAGAUUAAGCUCGAGGAAGAUGGUUCUACAUGGGAAAUCAUGCUCGAUAGCACUAACAUCCGUGAAGCAAUGCUGAGAGCUACAGGUCUGUGCAUCAAUGGAGCUUCCUGGACCGGGAUUCCAGACUAUUGUCGAUUCACUUUGGCCCUGGAAGAUGGGGACUUCGAUCGAGCUCUUGAUUGCAUUGUGAAAUUCAAGCAACUUGUCAAGUAACUUCAGUCGGGUGGUAACUAUCAGUUCUUGUUUUGUUUUUUGCGACUCGGGUGUUGCUGUGAAAUAAGCCGUUCAUGACCAUGUUAUUGAGUUAUGGUUAUUUUUCUUCAGUUUAAAGAAGAAACAUGUUACAUAUGUGAAAGAACUUGUAACAUUGCUGCUAGUGACAUGAUCUGGGUCACCAAGCAUAAUUAUCAAGAACGUGUUUAAAUGUGAUUUGAACGUUUACAAGAUGGAAUGUAUUUACAAGUAUUAUUAAUGCUUGUACAAGUAUUGUAUUACAAGUUUCAAAAUAAUUGGGAGGCUUUUCUUA